GGCAGGUUAUGUCACCGGCAGAGGCUGCCCUGAAGCUCCCCGCGGCCUGGAGACUAUGUACAAGAAGAAUGGUCUGAUGGCUAGCGUGUCAGUCACCUCCGCCACUCCACAGGGCAGCAGCAGCUCAGACUCGCUGGAGGGCCAGAGCUGCGACUAUGCUAGCAAGAGCUACGACGCUGUCGUCUUUGACGUCUUGAAAGUGACUCCCGAGGAGUUUGCCAGCCAGAUCACGCUCAUGGACAUCCCCGUGUUUAAAGCCAUCCAGCCAGAGGAACUAGCCAGCUGUGGAUGGAGUAAGAAGGAGAAACAUAGUCUCGCCCCCAACGUCGUGGCCUUUACCCGGAGGUUUAACCAGGUCAGUUUUUGGGUUGUACGAGAAAUUCUAACAGCACAGACUUUAAAAAUAAGGGCAGAAAUCCUGAGCCAUUUUGUGAAAAUAGCCAAGAAACUUCUAGAACUCAACAACCUUCAUUCUCUCAUGUCUGUGGUAUCAGCAUUACAAAGUGCUCCCAUCUUUCGGCUGACAAAAACUUGGGCUCUUUUGAAUAGAAAAGACAAGACCACCUUUGAGAAAUUGGACUACCUGAUGUCCAAGGAAGAUAAUUAUAAACGGACUCGGGAAUAUAUUCGAAGCCUGAAGAUGGUGCCCAGCAUUCCCUAUCUAGGGAUCUAUCUUCUGGAUUUAAUCUACAUUGAUUCUGCAUAUCCUGCCUCUGGGAGCAUCAUGGAAAAUGAACAAAGAUCCAAUCAGAUGAACAACAUCUUACGAAUAAUUGCUGACUUACAAGUUUCCUGCAGCUACGAUCACCUUACCACCCUGCCCCACGUGCAGAAGUACCUGAAGUCAGUUCGCUACAUUGAAGAGCUCCAGAAGUUUGUGGAAGAUGACAACUACAAACUGUCGCUCAGAAUUGAACCGGGAAGCAGCUCCCCAAGGCUGGUCUCCUCCAAGGAAGAUCUUGCAGGCCCCUCCGCAAGCUCCAGCUCAGCCAGGUUCCGCCGGAGGCCCACCUGUCCUGAUGCAUCUGUGGCUGGCAGCCUUCCCACACCACCAGUCCCCAGACACAGAAAGAGUCACAGCCUGGGCAACAAUAUGAUGUGUCAGUUGAGUGUAGUUGAAAGUAAAAGUGCGACAUUCCCAUCGGAGAAAGCCAGGCACCUUCUGGACGACAGUGUCCUAGAGUCCCGCAGCCCCCGCAGGGGCCUCACCCUCACCUCCUCCUCUGCUGUCACCAAUGGACUCUCCCUAGGCAGUAGUGAGAGCUCAGAGUUUAGUGAAGAGAUGUCUUCAGGGCUGGAAAGCAGGGGACGUCUGUAUGCCACGCUGGGCCCCAACUGGCGAGUUCCGGUUCGGAAUUCUCCCAGAACCCGGAGCUGUGUCUACAGCCCCACAGGCCCAUGCCCCUGUACCCUGGGGAGCUCAGCAGCUGUGCCCACCAUGGAGGGGCCUCUGAGAAGGAAAACGCUGCUCAAGGAAGGACGGAAGCCUGCGCUGGCCUCAUGGACCAGGUACUGGGUCAUACUGUCGGGUUCCACCCUCCUCUACUACGGAGCCAAAUCAUUGCGGGGCACAGACAGAAAACACUAUAAAUCCACACCUGGCAAGAAGGUCUCCAUCGUGGGCUGGAUGGUGCAGCUGCCUGAUGAUCCCGAGCACCCAGAUAUCUUCCAGCUAAAUAAUCCUGACAAAGGCAAUGUUUACAAGUUUCAGACUGGUUCCCGAUUUCACGCGAUACUGUGGCACAAGCAUUUGGAUGAUGCAUGUAAAAGCAACAGGCCUCAGGUACCUGCCAACCUUAUGUCAUUUGAGUAAGUCUCUGCGGGACUUGGCGUGACUGCAAAGGCUUCUGGGAGCCUAGACUGGGCCUGGUGGAGAAGAGCUGCCCUGGGCAUGGGCUGUGGCCAGGACACUGGGAGCCUCCUAACCGGAUUCCAGGGACACGGCCUGUGGCCUCACAGUCCCAGAGGGCUCUCCAGUAGGGGACCCAUCCGUCAAAAUCCCAAGCGACUGUCAUGAUUCAUCUUACAGCACCACCUCGCAGGGUGCUGUUGGACCCUGAACUGCACACCCUGUGCCCCUCUCUGGGCCUCAUCUGUCCACCAGCCGCUUCUGCCAUAGACAGCAUUUGGCCCACGUUGGGUUCUCUGUGCUUCCUGCUGCACACGGAGUGGACAGUGCAGACUGCAAGAGGGACCAGAGGGCGGGGACAGCUGCAGGAAGGUGUGUUACACCCCAAGUGCACGGGGCUGUCUGCCCACAGGGCUGCCUCAGAUUUUGUACACCCCUGAAGUGUCCCCUGCGUGUGCGUGCCAUACAUGUGUGCGUGCAAGCGAGUGUGAACUCUUUGAGAAACAUGCAUUUUGGCACUAGACCUGUGACAUCACACCCUUCAUUUGCUCUGAGGCCCUGCUUUCACCUUUGGUUCCAGCCUCAUCCAACAAGAAAGGUCAGAGGAGUGCGGGAGCCCCCAUGUUAAGGGUCCCUUGCGUUCUUUUACUGUAAACAAACAAUGCCUUAAAUUGUGUCUUGUUUUCUGUUCCUAUGGGUGCUAUUCAUCUGGAAGGCCUGUUCCCAGGGCCCCUUCUGGGCCCUUCUGGGCCGUGUUGCUGUCAACCCAUCAGAGGCAGGGUGGGGCUUGGGACUGGAGACCUGGCUGCUGGCCGGCAUGCUUCCUUCCAUGCCCUCUCCUGGCAGAGCCUGGGGCCCUCCUGUUCCACCUGCUCCCACUGUGCCCCCGUGGGAAGUUGCGGCAUUUGGUCCAGGUCCUUGGAAGCAGCACGGAGGUUGCUGGGCUCACAGUGCCCAGUGCACAGAAACCACGUGCUGCCAACCUCCCCGCCAGGCAGGCCCUUGCUCCCAGCAUUCCACCCCUUUGCCUCCACUGCCAAGGGGGGCCUACCAGGAUUCCUCAUCACGCCAGGAGCUGAGUGACACUGAGGCCUUAAGCUCCCCCAGUCUUGCCCCAAAUGCAGUCACCAGCAAGUUCUCCAUCAUCCAAGUCCAAGGGCACAAUUGACAACCACGUGAUGAGAGAGAGUAAAGGGUUCAAUCUUUACAUUUGGUUAAGAGCUGUUUCCACAAACAACAGCAUUUAUCUGUCACCUUUGUGUCAUAGCUUAAAGUGACUUAUUUUGCACAAAUACAUUUUUAUUCAAAAUGAUUGCUUC